AAAGCUUUCGUGCCACACAAUUUUAGAAAGAGAAACACCCACUUGUCCACUUCUCUCUCUACCCUUUUCUCAACGACUUAAUAAACCCUAAUUUUUAUCAUUGGAUAAUAUUAAAUCAAAUCAAAUUUUACCGAAAUUACAAUUUAUAAAUAUCUUCUACUCCCUAAUUACCUAUAAUUUUAUGAUUUCAAAUUGCAAAUUCAUUAUUUAUUCAUGAAAAGAAAGUGUCUUUAAUUCUUUUGAACUUUCUCAUAUACUCCAUUUUCUUCAGCUUUUUCUGUUAUCUCUCUUUUCUUCUCUCUAAUAAGAAUGGUUCUUUAAUACUAUUCUGCAUUUAUUAAUUUUUUGAAUUAGUGAAGUUAAAGAAGAGAAUUAAUCAAUGGGAGAAAUGAGAUUUCUGAGGUGUUGCUUAUGAAGUUAAGGAUUAAUGGAGUUAGGAAGGAAUUCCAGUUUGUCUGGCCCACUUGACCUCUUUUCUCGUCCUUGUUUUGAAGGAUCAUCUAAUCGUGAAAGACGAAAAUCAGAUGUUGAUAUAUUAGAAGAUGAAAGGAAGAAAAAGAUGGGUCUGAAAAAGAGAGCGAUUAAUGCGUCAAGCAAAAUUAGGCGUUCAUUCAGCAAGAGAAAAUCCAAGAGGAAGGUCGAUGGAAUAAAAACUUCCGUUUCUAUUGAGGAUGUGCGAGAUGUUAAGGAAGUUCAGGCUGUUCAAGCAUUUCGACAGGCACUGGCUGCAGAUGAAUUGCUUCCUGCUCGACAUGAUAAUUAUUACUCCUUGCUGAGAUUUUUGAAGGCAAGAAAGUUUGACAUCGAGAAAGCAAAACAAAUGUGGGCCAAUAUGCUUCAAUGGAGAAAAGAAUUUGGUACUGACACUCUCCUUGAGGAUUUCGAAUACCAGGAGUUGGACGAGGUUUUAAAGUAUUAUCCCCAGGGAUUCCAUGGUGUGGACAAAGAUGGGAGGCCCAUCUACCUUUAUCUUCUUGGAAAAGUUGAUGCAGAGAAAUUAAUGCAAGUUACAACAAUGGAACGAUAUCUCAAAUAUCACGCACAGGAUUUUGAAAGGUGCUUUGCAAUAAAAUUUCCAGCUUGCUCCAUUGCUGCAAAAAGACAUAUAGAUUCAAGUACAACAAUUUUGGAUGUUCAAGGCUUGGGUUUUAAAAAUCUAACAAAACCUGCUCGUGAACUGAUAAUGCGGCUACAAAAGAUUGAUAACGACAACUAUCCUGAGACUCUCUACCGAAUGUUUAUUAUUAAUGCUGGCAGUGGUUUCAGAAUGCUCUGGAACACAUUCAAGCCUGCUCUGGAUGCCCAGACGACCUCUAAAAUACAUGUUUUAGGCCACAAAUACCACAACAAAUUGCUAGAGGUCAUUGACAAAAGCCAAUUGCCUGAAUUUCUUGGUGGUACGUGUAACUGUGCUAAUGAAGGAGGUUGUCUGAGGUCGGACAAGGGGCCGUGGAAAGACCCUGAAAUCUUAAAGAUGAUUCAAUCUGGUGAGGCUGAAGUAGCUAUAUCAAACAGUGAAGGAAGAGUUAUUGCUUACAACAAAAUGACUAAACACAAUGACACGUCAACUGCAGAAUCUGGAUCUGAAUUUGAAGAGUUUUCUUCUCCGAAAGCACCUGCGGCUACUUUAGAGUUAAAAUUGAUGCCAGUCGAUGAAGAAGGUAGGUUAACGAGAGACAGUGGAUCUAAUGGUGGUCCGCCUGUUGAUGACGAACAUGUUACUGUAGUUGUAAAGCAUUUGGAUGCUGGAUCCCACGGAGGGACAUCCACGGAUCUAUCUAAUCCAUCUAAAGAGAUGGUUACUCAACAAUCUGCUUAUUUGAGGCCAAGUUACUGUCGAUAUUUGGCCGUCUUUGUGACCUUUUUUGCUUUCUUGCAAUCGGCAAUAGUUAGUAUCUCUCGAGGAGUUCCCAGUCUAAUAAUAAGCAUUGUUCGCUGCCUUCCGUAUCUGAUUCUUUCACCAGAUCUUAAAGGUUUUUAUCGACAGCCAUCCGAGCAUCAGGAGUUUACAGAUGCAGAAUUCCGUUCAAUUGUAAUGAGAAAGCUUAGUGAACUUGAAGAAAAAGUAAAUACCAUGCAGACAAAACCGAUGCAGAUGCCUUCCGAAAAGGAGGAGUUGCUCAAUGCUGCAAUAUACAGAGUGGACGCACUCGAAGCAGAAUUGAUUACUACUAAAAAGGCAUUGCAUGAAGCCUUGAUGAGGCAGGAAGACUUUCUUGCGUAUACCGACUCACAAGAAUCAACUAAAUUCAGGAGGAGAAAAUUCUGCUGUUGAAGUGUGAUUGCUGCGGUCGAGGAGUGAUUUUCCAUAUAUUUGAAUCUUUUUUUAUGGCGACUGUUGGCUUGUUAGGGGAUAGAAUUUUGUAUCAGUACAGAAUCAUCAUGUAUUUGUGUACAGUUGUGUGAUAUGAUGCAGAUUUCAAUCUUCUUCCAAGGUUAAAUACCUUGGAGGGAAAAUAAAUGAAGAAAAGGGGAAAAGGGUUUUGUAUGCGAUUUUCUUGUUCAUGUCAUGGUCUAGUUCCUUCUCGGUUGAGCAUCCUGCGGAGAUUUUUGGUUUCCCGGUCAACAGUGGAUGUUUCCAAUCUGAACAGAGCCCAUGGCCACUGAAACCACCAUGACGACCCUCCCCAACCCUUCAAAAUUGAGUCCAUGACCAGGGGCGAAGCCAAGAUUUUAAAUUUGGGGGGUUAAAUUAUCGACAUAUUAGAAAAUUAUUUAUUAUAUAAGGUGUUCAAAACUAACAUGAUGAUCCGAAAUUUACACGACAUUGUAACUAAAUUCGAUUUGACAUGAUUUACAAUUAUUUAAAAAUAAUAUGGACAAAAAGUUCGAUUUCAAAUUCACCUAAAACACUUAACCCGAAAUUAACAAUGAUCCGUA